AUGAUGAGAGAAAUGCCGUUCGAGAAAGAUGUUGUGGUCUGGUCGAGCGUGCUGAGGGCUAGUCGGGAGUGUGGUGACGUGGAGCGCGGCCGGGUCGCGGCUGAAGAGGUGAUUAGGCUCGACCUGAAGUGCAGUGGGGCCCACAUCACACUGGAGAAUAUGUACGCGUCUGAUGGGAGGUGGAAGGAGCCCGGGUGGUCGUGGGUGAAGGUGGAGGAGGAGAGAGUGUCGGCUUUUGUUGCGGGGGAUAGGAAUCAUCGGAGAUGCGAGGAGGUUUAUGGGAUGUUGGGGCUGGGGUAUUGUUCGAGUGAGGAGUUGAGUUUCGAGGAGGUUGAUUCGGUUGACGCAAAGGUGUUUCUGGGAGCUGAGAAUAUGUGGUUCAGUACAGACUGGGCAGUACAGUACAGUCGAGUAAAUUCUGUGUAUUCCGGCGAGUCCCGCCGCCGCCGUGAGCCGACCGUCCGAGACAACGUACCACUGCAGAGUGUCGCCGGAGAAGACGACCUUAUCGGCGUCGGAGUUGAGCAGCCGGUCGGAGAGCAGAGAAGAGCGCGGCGUCAACUGGUCGGGAGAAUUCUCGAUCAUCUGAAAUCGAUAGCAGACGAAGCCGGCAAGUUGGAGCUACGGUGGACGACGCUGGAAGGCGUGAAGGACAGGAAGAUGACGGCGUCUCUGCGGCGUCCGACAUCUCUGCGACGUCGGCAUCUCUGCUGCUCGCCAUUUUCGUGUCGCGUAGAUCCAGCGGACAGGGGAGACGUACCUCGGCAACGGCUCGUGACUGCCGGAGAUGCAGAAAGCCGUCGCUUGCUCGCCGGCGGUCGACGACGAGGCCAUACAUCUGGAGAAGUUCGGCGUAAAACGGCGACGACUGGCCGGUGGGCGACAGUGGCGGAGGAAGUCGGCGGCUGCGGUGGAACUGGUUGUGGUGGCUGGCUUGUCAAAGCUGAUUUACUAACAUCGUCAAACAUAGCGUUAUCAUUGAGGCAGUCAAUUACCAUAAGAUUAUACUCAAAUUCAUACUUAGCCUACGCCGACUUCUCGGGCACCCUGAUAUCCGACGACCGCCUGAACGACCCCCCGACUCCUAACCUCCAUGACUCCUCACUAAUCAACAUGUUGGAGCUCAACUCACAGCUCAAGCACCUAACAAAAUCCGGCGACCUGAAAACCGCCCGCAACAUGUUCGACACAUUUCCCCAAAGGGACGAAAUCACCUGGACCACCAUGAUUGCCGGCUACAUAAGCUCCUCGGACACAUCCGAAGCAAUUUCUUUGUUCUCGAAAAUUUGGGUCUCCUUCAUCCGCUCGGUUUUUGUCGGGAGUUCGGUUCUCGACAUGUACAUGAAGAACGGAAGAGUUCUCGAGGGCUGUGCAGUCUAUGAUGAAAUGCCGUCAACAAAUGUGGUAUCCUGGACAGCUGUCAUCAUAGGCGUCGUCCGGGCAGGUCUCCACUCCCGGGGGCUUUUAUAUUUUUCCCAGAUGUGGAGAGAUGGGGUCGACUAUGAUUCCUACACGUUUUCUAUUGCACUCAGAGCGUGUGCCGAUCUCGAGGCGUUGCUUAACGGGAAGGAAAUUCACGCCCGCAUAUUAAAAAGAGGUGUAGAAACGACCACGUACGUGGCCAACAGCCUUUCCACAAUGUACAACAAGUGCGGGAAAGUAGAAUACGGGUCGUUUCUAUUCGAGAGCAUGGCUAAACCGGACGUGGUCUCUUGGACGUCCAUGAUAACCACGUACAUCCAGACAGGCCAAGAGAAACAGGGGAUUAAUUCCUUUUCGCGCAUGAGAGCAUGCGGGAUAAGCCCCAACGAGUACACUUACGCGGCAGUUAUUUCGGGGGUCGCGAAUAUCGCAAAGCUCAAGUGGGGCCUGCAGCUGCACGCCUGCGAAAGUAUUUUCACAUACCCUAAACGACGAUAUAGUCUCGUGGACGACCAUGAUCAACGGAUACGCGGAGCACGGAUUAACCGCAAAGCCAUAGAACUAUUCGAGAGAAUCCCGAACGCAGGCCUACGGCCCGACUCGGUGACUUUCAUCGGUGUCCUCGGCGCGUGCAACCACGCGGGGCUCCUCGAUCUGGGGUCCCGCUAUUUCGACUCCAUGAUUAAAAAAUACCGAAUUUACCCCUGUAAAGAGCACUACGGGUGCAUGAUCGACCUGUUUUGUCGGGCGGGGUGGUUAGCGUGCUUAGGGCUAGUCGGGAGUGUGGUGACGUGGAGCGCGGGCGGGUCGCGGCUGAGGAGGUGGAAAGAGGCGGCUGGGGUGAGGAGGUUGAUGAGGUGGAGGGGUGUGGUGAAGGAGGAGGAGGAGAGAGUGUCGGCUUUUAUUGCGGGGGAUAGGAAUCAUCCUAGGUGCGAGAAGGUUUAUGGAGUGUUGGGCUUGGUGUAUUGUUCGAGUGAGGAGUUGAGUUUCGAGGAGGCUGUUCUUAACAGACACAACAAGAUAACUGGAGUUGCUUACAAGAAUGACCUGGCAAUUAUGGCAUGGAAACUAAUGAAUGAGCCAAGAUGCAACUCAAAUUUGAAGUACAUUGAUCAAAAGCAUUUGCUAGAAAUUGGAUUAGAAGGUUUCUAUGGUCAAAUCUUCACCUCCAAAGACCAGGAUAGAUCCCAGUUUCAACACGGUGACUGA